AUGGCUACUGGAUGGUCAACAAUUACAAAAGAAAACACCAACUUUGCUCGAUUGUGUAAAUUACUCAUCGAUGGAGGAACUCAUGCCCUUAGAGUCAUUUUUGAUGCCAAACAUCCACCUCACGAUCUAAAGAAACAUUUGAUGGACAGCAGGAUUCAUAAUAUCUUAAAGAAUUUGAAGGCUAAAAAACUUCUACGAYCAGAGCAGUGGAACAGACUGUAUCCAASUGURGGAWYSGCAACAUCURSAGGUUUUGACAUAACUCUYUUAAGUUUACUGUUGCGCAAUAUCUGCAAUUUGCCAACACCAGUAAAAGGAUGGAACGAAGAGCCUGCUACAGGAAGUGUUAACGUGGAAGAUGAUGUAGUAAGGUUGAGAUUAUACCGUAAUAAUCUCUAUGGUCACAUCUCUGAACCAGCUCUAUCAAACGCUGAUUUCAACAAGUACUGGAACGACAUUGAAACUGUUUUGUUAAGACAUGGUGUAAACAAGACAGCCAUUGAUAGUCUUAAGACACAAUCCUUCGAACCAGAAGAUGAAGACUACUACAUCAAAUGCUUAAAAGAAUGGAUCACUAAUGAGGCUGAUAGAGUUAUCCAUGAAGUGAAGGAAUCAGUGAAGGAAUCAGAAAAGAGAGUGCUGGAUGAAUUUGAAAGCGUAAAGGACAAGCUGGAAAAAGUUGAUAGUAAUAUAGAGCAAAAGCUAGACCAACUAAGUCCAACGCGACCUUCAAGUCGACCGACAACAUCUCAAGAUGCGGAACGUUACUGUGAAAAACUAAAGGAAGCAAUAAUAACACAAACCGACGAUCUACAACCAAAAGGAAUGAUYCAUGCACCAAUGAAGACCGACGAUAUUUUCACCAAUGUAGUUGUUCACCACGGAAAGGAAAGAUGUCCAGAACAAAUUCAAUCGAGUGGACAGCACCCUGUACACCGUAAAACGCUGACCGAAAUUAAGCACUGCAGUGAAAUUUUUGCUGAUGAAAACCUGACUUUCUUCCAAAAUAUUCUGGCAAAAAUUCGAAAGCUCAGAAAAAAGAAUCCUAAGAGAAUAAUAGUUUCUGGRGAACCAGGAAUAGGAAAGACCUUGUUUUCGCAGAAACUUGUUAGAGAUUUGGCCAAGAAUUCCAUAUCAAUCCCUGGCGCCAAGUACACUUACCUGAUUCCCUUCAGAUUAUUAAACUCACUUGACAAAGAACUCAGCCUCCAAGAGCUGCUUAAUCUCUCCCCUUUGCUGAACGAAGUCACAAUGAUAGACGACGCGCUAAUGGAAUAUUUCUCUCAGCAUUCAGAGAAAUUAUUGAUUGUCCUCGAUGGCUUUGACGAAUAUAAAAAUCGCGACAAAAUACUCAAAGAUGAUGAAGGACCCAAUGAUAGUAAAGCCAAGAUGCCAGUAACAGCCCUUGUCAGCAAACUAAUCCAAAAAAAGAUCUUGAGUAAUGCAGUGAUCACGGUAACCUCAAGACCGGGCGAAGCCGACGAGCUGAACCAAAAAAUCCACUUUGAUCGCUAUGUGGARAUUUCAGGAUUCUCAGAACAACAGGUUAUUGAAUUUGUUGAGAAAUAUUUCAGUACAAAACCAGAAGAAGUAAAAAACAUGGCACUUAGCAAGGUUAAAGAAAGCGCGCACUACAUUUCAUUUGGUCGCGUCCCUUUCCGUUGUUUGUUGAUGUGCGUGUUCAUCGAGUGGAAAAUCAAAAAACACGAUAAUUCAUGUCCUCUCACACUUACAGAGUUUUAUUUUCAAGUAAUUCAAUGCAUUGAAAAGAAUUACAAUAGAGCAAUACUUAGUUUAGAUGACAAAGUCGCUUCGUUGGUUGUUGACAAAACGCUCGAUAAUUUUUCAAAGUUAGCGGCACAGUUAUCUCAAGAAAAUAGAUUUAGUUUUACCUUACAAGAUUUAGAAAAUCUAAAAUUAUCAGAAAAUGAAUUAUUGUACAUAAAAUCUAGUAAUCUUAUAUUUUGUUAUCCUGUUCCAAGUAAUAAUUUGCCAUUUCAAAAGACAAUCUGUGAAUAUAGCUUCACACACUUGACCAUUCAAGAGUUUUUUGUUGCUCGGUAUUUGGUGAAGAAAGGCGUAAUGGCGGCACCAGAUAGCACUGAAAUGGUGUACGCAUUCAUGAGCGGUUUGUUAAGUUUAAAUGAUAAUAAUGAAUUAAUGGUAGAACUACUAGAGUGUCUAGGUAAACAUUUUGAAGAUGAACACAGACUAAGACUGGUGUCAUUGCGAUGCCUGCACGAGUUUGGUCUUGACAAAAGCUUGACAAAACAAGAACUGACUACAAAUCGUGAUGACAGAUACUGGGAUAGUUAUGGGUGGAUUGUAUUACUUGGUGUAACCGACAUGGACUGUGCAGCAAUCGCUAUGUUAGUAGAAUCCACUGCUACAUCAAUAUCAUCACCACCACACACAUUGUACAUUGUUAACUCAGGGAUUACCACUAGCGGGAUAAAGAGAUUGAUGUCAUCACUCAUAGUUAAAAACUGCACAAUCACUGUACUUUUGCUGGAGUCUUGUGAUUUGAAUGAUGAACACGUUAAGUGCUUGUUUGAAAAAUUAUCAAAAACAAAAAUAACCACGCUAAGCCUGCAGGCUAAUGAAAUAACUGAUGAUGGAGUACAUCACAUCAAAGACUUUCCCAGUAAUCUCACCGAGUUAAACCUGUCUUGGAAUAAAAUAACUGAUGGUGGAGUGGAUGACAUCAUGGUACACUUACCCAGUAAUCUCACCUAUCUAGACCUGUAUCAUAAUAACAUAUCUGCUGAAUGUAAAAAGAAAACUAUACAAUUCUGUAGGGAUAAAUAUCCUGGUCUUGAGUUACACAUAUCGUAGAUAAUUCAAUGUUUGACUCUUGUAGAGUUGUAGUGAUACAAGUAACCCAAACACAACAAAAAUCAAACUAUUUAUUCGUCAUUUCUUAGUUUUCUACAAUUCCCUACAUAUUCUUUUAUACUAAUGAAAUAUAAGCUUAUUAAUCAAGUACAUUUUAUAAAUUUGUAUGAUAUUUUGUAGGUGAUAGGAUCAGUUUUUUAGUUUCAGUAAACUGAACUUGUACAAAUAUGCAGAGAGGACAUGAAAAACUUUCUUAUUAAGAUUUUUUCUAUUGUGUUUAGAAAGCUUGAAUAAAAAUCUUAUUGUAAGCUUAAUUUUAAUACAUUGCACAUAUUUGUAGAAUAAUAAUUUUUUCUAGUUUGGUAUUUUUUAGCUUCAAUAAAA